CGUUCCCGUCGCUCGGCUCUGCAAUCUAGUCGGUCACGCCGGACGCCAGGACUAGUCCAUCGCUGAGUACCUGACUCGGUCACGCCGCCUGAAUCCUCCGCCGUGCGGCACCAUCACGCGUUCCCGUGGCACACCGUCUCCAGUCUGCAUACUCUUCCGCUGCUGCCUACUCGUCUUCUACUACUCGGCGCUAGGACUUCAAAAUUCACAUGGCAGAGACUGAGAAGAGAACUUCUUCAUCUGCCAAUUCAAAAGAGAAAAACUCAUUGCUAGAUCUUGACAUUGGAAACGACUUUCUGAACUCAUGGAAGUCCAUUUCUAUUGGGGACGAUGCUAUGGAUUUUGACUUUGGGCCUAUUUCCAAGAAUAAGAAAAAAGCAUUCAACUUUGAUCAAGAGGAUAUGGAUUUCAAUCUUGACAGUGAUUUUAGCAAGAUGCCGUCCUUCAAUAUUGACAUGUCAGACCUUGAUAUUUCUUCUCCAUCCAAGAAAAAUGGAAAGGCAAAGGAGAAACCCAAAGAAUCUUCUGGUGCCAGUAAUAAGGGGAAGACAGAUGGCUUUAACUUUCACUUUGAUUUUAAGGAGUUGGACAUUUUUAGUCUUCAGUCAAGCCCGAGGAAAGAAGAUCAAAGUAAGAAGGAUCUAGAAAUUGAAGGUUCUUCCGAAACAAAUGCACAUCAAGGCUCUGUAGUCCAUCUGACUGAAGAUGUUGGUGUACUUGACGCUGGCGCACCCAAAAAGCACUCCGUGACGGAGAUGACUUCAACAGCUGAUUCUUCGGCUGCUAGUGGUCUUACGCCUGAUUCUAUUAGGAAGAAUUUAUCUUCAGAGCGUACUGCAAAUAACACUGACACAUCAAUAUCUUUCACCACCGUUACUCAUGCAUCUGAUUUAUUGCGUACAAGAACCUCACCAAAAAGAAGCACAUCUACAAACACACAACCAACAGAGUUGCAAAUAGAGAAGGGAACCUCUCCACAAUUAGUUGCUCCUGAAGCCACAGCAGAUGUAUAUGACCAUUCUUCUGGACACAAGUUAAACAGCAAAGGAGGUUCUGACUUGCUGGAAAAAGAUUGUCCCAUGGGUGAAAAUAUCAAUUCUUCAUAUACAGAUAAGGAUUUUGAACACGUAGCUAAUCUGGAUUCAAAUGAGGCUAAAACAAUGCCUGAAAGAUUGACUAGAUAUCACAAGAAUGCAUCACAGGAAGCUGUUCAGGAAAGUGGCAAAUUUGAGAAAGAGAAACAUCUUUUGGUUAGCAAUAUAGAAGGGAACGGUACACACCCUGGAUGUACUUAUAUUGCAAGUCCCAAGAAGGAUGACCAUUCAACAUUAGUUAAUGUGGAGAUAGAAGAAACUAUUUCUAAGCCACUAAAACCCCCGUCAAGCAGUGGAUCUGAUCAAAAUUUGAUGCAAGGAGAAGGAGAGUGCAGCACCGUCCGGUCCAAAUUUUUCAUGCCAUCAAUUGAGACUACUGCUCAAAAGCAGAAGAAAUCAUUGUUGCAGGCAAAAGUUUCUGAUGUUGGUAGCAAAAGAAUUGUCUCAAGCCAACCAAAUCAUGCAGAUGAAGGAAUGGCAUAUGGUAAAGAUGAUGAAAAUGGGAAGAAAGCUGGUAUCACAUUGCCAGGAUCGAGACCACAAUCCAAGACUAGCACUCUUCAGACAGGAAGCCAGGACAGCUUUAAAGGCCUUUCUGCUAACAUUUCUCAUGUCAAGCCUUUGAGUAUAAUCCAGCAAGGUAAAUCCAUGCUACACAACACUGGAAACCCAAGAGUCAUAGAAAGUUCUGUUUCUUCGGCAACAGCAAAGAACAUUCCUGUUGGUGGCAACAAAAACUGUCCUAUUAAAGCUAGCAGUCAGUCACUGGAAUCCUCUAGCCCAAAAUUUGGAGGCAGUCAGACACUGGAUUCCUCUAGCCAAAACCUUUCCAAAAAUUUGGGAGCAAGUCUUUCUGUAUCCCAAUCAUUUUUGCUGAAAGAUGACAGAACCUCAAGGCACUUUGAUCAGAACACUGGUCUAAAGUCUAUGUUACAAGCUAAAGUUAGUAGUUCUAUCACAACAACCACACAGAAGACAAACGUCACACCUCUAAAACGGAAAAGACCAGAGAUUACGGGAGGAGUGAUAAUGACUAGUCCUUUUAAGCAUCCCCCAGAAUCACCAACAAAUGGAAACAGGGAUAUUUGUGGAAUUUCAGAAAGAAUUGUUGCCAAAAAGGACAAUUACAGAGAGGACCAGACCAUCGGUAGCCAGAGAGCUGAAUGUAAAAGUUCUCCAGCGUCUGCACUUGAUAUUCAUAAGCCUGUGAACAGAAAAGAAUUAGGAGACCUUCAAACAUUGGAAGAUGAUGAUAAUGUAGACAAGGCUGAAACAUAUACAAAGGCACUUGAAGAUAUAUGCAACAUGCUUCGGAAAAUGCAUGAGGAAGCGAAAGAACUAUUAGUUCGGUCUAUUGUGAAUAACAAUAAGCUGCUGAUGCUCAACCAUCCCAUUCAUGAUGAAAAGAUAUCCUUCUUUCUUCCUUUGUUAAAUGUCAGCGUUUUCUGUUUAUAAUUAUAUCCCGACUACUGAAGUUGGCAAGCCCUUCACUACUUAGAACAUACGAGAGGUUAAAAGUUAUGCUGCUGAGUUGAUGAAGAGGGAGAUCAAGGCAUCAUCUUGAUUGUUGUUGGUAUCAUUCUCUCUCGCUCUCAUGCAAACACGACGGUGGUUGGCAGUACUUCACUUCUUUUUCUGUAUCUGUUUAUUCUCACAGGUUAAAGAAGCUGACGAAUGUAAAUUACAUGGUUGACAUCAUUGGCUGGCUCAUUGCACAAUAGGACACUUGGGGCCUCUUUGAAAUGGAGAUAAACUUGUAAUGACUCUUUUCUUCCAUGUUUCUUGUUCCAGUCAAGACUUGUAAUGAUUGUGAUCUUUGUACACAAGCUAACCUGCUACUUUGGGAAAUGUCUUUGAACUUCCAUCCAAUUCUAAAUGACGAGGGUUAGUUUUUUUUAACACACAAACAUUUCUGUACUCUUUAUCUUUGGAUUUUAUUCAAAUUUCUAACUAGCAAAUUUGAGCUGUUAGCUUUAGGAUAUGUGUAUUAACUCAAAAGAUAUUUUUAUACGUUUUGAUAACCGUUUCUAUUUUAGUUGCCUACACUUGGUAAAUUA